CUUUCAGACAGUGAAGCCCAAAUGAAGGCACUCAUGGGCUUCUCAGGAUUCGACACGACGAAAUUGAAACAUGUCGAGGGAAACCAGGAUGGUUCUGCCAAGGUCAACAAACAAAGGACUUGGAGGCAGUAUAUGAAUCGACGUGGUGGGUUCAAUCGACCAUUGGACAAGAUUAAAUGAAGCGCCACAUGAGGUACACACUUACUCCUUGUUUUCGUCUCCUCUCGCACUUAUUAUUAGUCUGGCUUGAAGUGAGGUUCAAGCAUAACGUCCCAUCUCCUGUCUCGUUCUUUUGAGGGUCAAAUUAACUGAUUAACACCUUUUUCUGCUGGUUCUAUAACUACGGGUUCAUUGCCUUUUACAAUUUACAUCAUGCAUGGCACACAUGGCUGUACGAGUCCGGAGAACGCAAGGGCAAAGAAAAGUACAUAAAUGUGCGGGGCUGAUGCUGAUGGUGAAUCGCAACCCCUCGGACCUUAGAUCGGAAUCAUGCAUGAGUUUGACG